UUAACAGCCUUGUACGAUCUACAGGGUCAGUGUUUUGGUUGGUGUACAAUAUUAUUCACAAGAAUCCCAACAAUUUCUUCAUUGCAUUUGACGCCCAUUUCUAGAAACUCUGUUUGAUUUUGGUAUUCUUGUUGGCUAACAACAAAUAUGGAAUUGGAUCUGGAUCGUGGGCAAGUCACACUGAUAGUAUCCAGUAUAUGUCUUAUGCUGACUUUGCAUUUCAGCAUACAGCUAGUGACAGAACAUUUUACGUCAUGGAAGAAGCCUAAAGAGCAAAAGGCAAUAAUUAUUAUCGUCCUCAUGGCACCCUUGUAUGCUAUUGUCUCCUUCAUUGGGUUGGUCGAUUUCAUGGGAAGCAAACCCUUUUUCACUUUCUUGGAAUCUGUCAAAGAAUGUUAUGAAGCAAUUGUGAUGGCUAAGUUUCUGGGGUUGAUGUACACUUACUUGAAUAUAUCCAUAAGCAAAAACAUAGUCCCUGAUGAAAUUAAGGGAAGACAGAUUCACCACUCAUUCCCAAUGACACUCUUCCAGCCUCACACUGCUCAUUUGAACCAUCAUACAUUGAAGCUUCUCAAGAACUGGACAUGGCAGUUUGUUGUGAUUCGCCCUGUAUGCUCCAUCUUGAUGGUUGUUUUACAAAUGCUUGGAGUGUACCCUAGUUGGGUUAGCUGGACCUUUACCAUCAUUUUGAACAUAUCCGUUUCACUGGCGUUGUACUCUCUUGUGGUUUUCUACCACGUGUUUGCGAAGGAGUUGGCGCCUCACAAGCCUCUAGCCAAGUUCCUGUGUGUCAAAGGAAUUGUCUUUUUCGUUUUCUGGCAGGGUAUUCUGCUUAGUACUCUGGUAUCACUAGGCAUAAUAAAAUCUCACUAUUUCUGGCUUGAGGUGGAGCGCCUUCAGGAAGGUAUGCAGAAUGAACUAGUGAUCGUGGAGAUGGUUUUCUUUGCUAUCCUUAUGCGUCAUGCAUACAGUGCAGCGCCAUAUCGCGCAGAAGCUGUUACAACUACGUCAGGAGAUGCUACUUCAGGAGAUAAAAAGAAUGAGUGAUUAUGCAACAUGUAUUGUUGUGAAAAAUUAUCUUCAGACAUCAGUCAACUUCUCCCUACUGUUUGUGUGUUAUAUUGGAUUUACUUGUUUGAAGUAUACCAGAUUCCUAUUACAGAUCAACUAGAACAUUUUGUGAGUGUUAACAUUAGCACUGAAUCCUUUCAUUCUGAGGCAAUGAAUACUUCAUUUGAAAUAAAAUAGAGAAGCAUAUGAGCAGUUGGUUCUUU